UCUUAUUGAACCACCAAAAUGGCGAAGAUCGCCAAAACACACGAAGACAUCGAGGCCCAGAUCCUGGAGAUCCAGGGCAUGAAAGCUGCCCUGGUGGAGGAGGGAGCAGAUCAGGGUGUGGGCCUGGACUCCACUGGAUACUACGACCAGGAGAUCUACGGUGGCAGCGACAGCCGCUUCGCUGGAUAUGUCACCUCCAUCGCGGCCAAUGAACAGGAGGAUGAUGAUGAGGAGGACUCGUCAACGAGUCUACUUGGACAGAAGAAACCGGGAUAUCACGCUCCAGUGGCUAUACUCAAUGCAAUACCACAGUCAGAUGAACAGUACGACCCGUUCGCCGAACACCGGCCCGCUAAGAUUGCAGAGCGUGAAGACGAGUACAAGGCCAGACGUCGACAGAUGAUCAUCUCUCCGGAGCGACUUGACCCCUUUGCAGACGGGGGCAAAACGCCGGACCCCAAGCUGCAGUCCAGGUCAUACAUGGACGUCAUGAAGGAGCAGCACCUGACCAAAGAGGAGAAAGAGAUCCGUCAGCAGAUGGCAGAGAAGGCCAAAACAGGAGACCUGAAGGCUGUCAACGGCUCUGCUGCCUCCCAGGCUGCUGCUGCUGCCGCCGCCGCAAAGCGAAAACGCCGCUGGGACCAGACGGCCGAGAAACAGGACCAAUCAGGAACCCCCAGCAACGCCGGCACACCUAAGAAGAUGUCCAGCUGGGACCAGGCCGAUCAGGCUGCUGAGCAGACCCCAGGACACACACCUGGCCACACCCCCUCCAACAGCCGCUGGGACGAGACCCCAGGAAGGAACAAGGGCAGUGAGACCCCAGGGGCCACCCCCAGCUCCCGAAUGUGGGACCCCACCCCUAGCCACACCCCAGCUGGAGCAGCUACACCAGGCAGAGGGGACACACCGGGACACACCACCCCCGGACAUGGGGGAGCCACAGGCAGCGUGCGCAAAAACCGUUGGGACGAGACCCCCAAGACUGAGAGGGAGACCCCUGGUCAUGGUAGUGGUUGGGCCGAGACUCCCCGUACAGACAGAGGAGACGAGUCAGUGGGAGAGACCCCCACCCCCGGGGCCAGUAAAAGGAAGUCCCGUUGGGACGAGACCCCCGCCAGCCAGAUGGGCUCUUCCACCCCACUGAUGACCCCUGGGAAAACUCCCAUCGGAACCCCUGCCAUGAAUAUGGCCACUCCUUCUCCAGGUCACCUGAUGAGCAUGACCCCAGAGCAGCUGCAGGCKUGGCGUUGGGAGAGGGAGAUAGACGAGAGGAACCGACCUCUCACAGACGAUGAGCUGGAUGCCAUGUUCCCAGAAGGAUACAAGGUCCUUCCCCCACCAGCAGGCUAUGUGCCCAUCCGUACCCCGGCCCGGAAGCUGUCUGCCACCCCCACCCCCAUGGGGGGCAUGACGGGCUUCCARAUGCAGCAGGAGGACCGCUCCAUGAAGCAGAUCAACGACCAGCCCAGUGGGAACCUGCCCUUCCUKAAACCAGARGACAURCAGUACUUUGARAAACUGCUGGUUGAGGUYGAUGAGUCCACUCUGAGCCCAGAGGAACAGAAGGAGCGUAAGAUCAUGAAACUGCUGCUGAAGAUCAAGAACGGAACACCUCCCAUGAGAAAGGCUGCCCUGCGUCAGAUCACAGACAAGGCGAGGGAGUUUGGAGCAGGGCCCCUGUUCAACCAGAUCCUGCCCCUGCUCAUGUCUCCUACUCUGGAGGACCAGGAGCGCCACCUGCUGGUCAAGGUCAUCGACCGCAUCCUCUACAAGCUGGACGAUCUCGUCCGCCCAUAUGUACACAAGAUCCUGGUGGUGAUUGAGCCGCUGCUGAUUGAUGAAGAUUACUACGCCAGAGUGGAAGGCAGAGAGAUCAUCUCUAAUUUGGCCAAGGCUGCCGGCCUGGCCACUAUGAUCUCCACUAUGAGACCUGAUAUUGACAACAUGGAUGAAUACGUCAGAAAUACAACAGCAAGAGCUUUUGCUGUCGUAGCGUCCGCUCUGGGUAUCCCCUCCCUCUUGCCUUUCCUCAAAGCUGUGUGUAAGAGCAAGAAGUCUUGGCAGGCCCGCCACACGGGCAUUAAGAUUGUCCAGCAGAUCGCCAUCCUCAUGGGCUGUGCCAUCCUGCCCCAUCUGAGGAGUCUGGUGGAGAUCAUCGAGCAUGGUCUAGUAGAUGAGCAGCAGAAGGUGCGGACCAUCAGUGCCCUGGCCAUCGCCGCCCUGGCUGAGGCUGCCACGCCCUACGGUAUCGAGUCCUUUGACUCCGUACUCAAACCCCUGUGGAAGGGUAUCCGACAGCACAGAGGAAAGGGUCUGGCUGCGUUCCUGAAGGCCAUUGGCUACCUGAUCCCUCUGAUGGAUGCUGAGUAUGCUAACUACUACACCAGAGAGGUCAUGCUGAUCCUCAUCAGAGAGUUCCAGUCCCCUGACGAGGAGAUGAAGAAGAUCGUGCUCAAGGUGGUGAAACAGUGUUGUGGUACUGACGGUGUGGAGGCCAACUACAUCAAGACAGAGAUCCUGCCUCCCUUCUUCAAGCACUUCUGGCAGCACAGGAUGGCCCUGGACAGACGCAACUACAGACAGCUGGUGGACACCACAGUGGAGCUGGCCAAUAAGGUGGGAGCAGCAGAGAUCAUCUCUCGUAUAGUAGAUGACCUGAAGGACGAGGCAGAGCAGUACAGGAAGAUGGUGAUGGAGACCAUAGAGAAGAUCAUGGGGAACCUGGGAGCUGCUGACAUCGACCACAAGCUGGAGGAGCAGCUGAUCGACGGCAUCCUGUACGCCUUCCAGGAACAGACCACGGAGGACUCUGUGAUGCUGAACGGGUUUGGCACGGUGGUGAAUGCCCUGGGGAAGAGGGUGAAGCCCUACCUGCCUCAGAUCUGUGGUACAGUGCUGUGGCGUCUCAACAACAAGUCCGCCAAGGUCCGCCAGCAGGCUGCUGACCUCAUUUCCCGCACCGCCGUGGUCAUGAAGACCUGCCAGGAGGAGAAGCUGAUGGGUCACCUGGGAGUGGUGUUAUAUGAGUAUCUAGGAGAAGAGUAUCCUGAAGUACUGGGAAGUAUCCUUGGUGCUCUCAAGGCCAUCGUCAAUGUCAUCGGUAUGCACAAGAUGACUCCACCAAUCAAAGACCUGCUACCUCGGCUGACACCCAUCUUGAAGAACAGACAUGAGAAGGUGCAGGAGAACUGUAUUGACCUGGUGGGCAGGAUUGCUGACAGGGGUGCUGAGUACGUGUCGGCCAGGGAGUGGAUGCGUAUCUGCUUUGAGCUGCUGGAGCUCCUCAAGGCCCACAAGAAGGCCAUCCGCAGAGCCACCGUCAACACCUUUGGAUACAUCGCCAAGGCUAUCGGACCCCAUGACGUGCUGGCCACACUACUCAACAACCUGAAGGUUCAGGAGCGUCAGAACAGAGUGUGUACCACCGUAGCCAUCGCCAUCGUGGCUGAGACCUGUUCUCCUUUCACCGUGCUCCCCGCCCUCAUGAACGAGUACCGCGUGCCUGAGCUCAACGUGCAGAACGGCGUGCUCAAGUCCCUGUCCUUCCUGUUUGAGUACAUUGGGGAGAUGGGCAAGGACUACAUCUAUGCUGUCACUCCCCUGCUGGAGGACGCACUGAUGGACAGAGACCUGGUCCACAGACAGACUGCCAGUGCCGUGGUGCAGCACAUGUCCCUGGGCGUCUACGGCUUCGGCUGUGAGGACUCCCUUAACCACUUGUUGAACUACGUGUGGCCCAACGUGUUUGAGACGUCGCCCCAUGUAAUCCAGGCUGUCAUGGGGGCCCUGGAGGGUCUCAGGGUGGCGAUCGGCCCCUGCCGCAUGCUGCAGUAUUGCCUGCAGGGUCUCUUCCACCCAGCCAGGAAGGUCCGAGACGUCUACUGGAAGAUCUAUAACUCGAUCUACAUCGGUUCCCAGGAUGCUCUGAUCGCUCACUACCCCCACGUCUACAACGAUGAGAAGAACCCUUACCUCCGCUAUGAGCUGGAGUACUUCCUGUGAUUCUGCUCUCUGUUCACUCUCUCUCUUUCUCCGUUCAUGCCCUCUCUCUUUCUAUCUCUCUGUUCACGAUCUCUUUCUC